GAUGGGCUCAUAAGGCUGAAUCGUCCAUCCCAUGGUCCACGCGACUUCAUUUCUUAUCACAACCCGAACCUUUCUCAAACACUUUGGUGGUCAACGAAAUCACCUGUCCUCAAGGCCAGUGCUUAUUAGAAGCUUUGAAGCUCUUCUACGAUCAAGCUAAGGGGGAUACGUCUAAG